AUUUCGGCGCUCUACUUCUCUCCCCUCGUGCAUCCGCGCCCCCAGUCCGCCUCUCCCCCGAACGCUCAAAUCCCAAUCCCAGUUCGCAGCUCGCCCUCAGAAUCCGACCUCGCCGCCGUCUCCUCGCUCCCAGGCUGAUUUGACUCCGAAACCGCGUCCUUAAGGAUUUCUUGUCUGUUUCUUGCCUUCUUGGUCGUCGAUUUUUGCCACCAAAUCCCGGUCUUGAGCGGUUCUUGGAGCUGUGGGCGUGGUCUCUGCUCCACAUUCGGCAGUUUCUUGGAGCAAAGCUCGGGUUUUGGCCGAUCUCUGCGAGAUUCUUGGCCGUUCGUGCGCGAUAACUGGGCGCCGCUGAUGGUGGCGAGGAUGAUGCGGUGGCCGCGGCCCCCGGCAGCGCGCAAGUUCCGCGUUCGGCUGGUGGUGCGGCGGGCCGAGGGGCUGCCGCCGCCCGCGGUGGAGCCGUCCUCGCCAGACCAGGAGGCGGCGGGCUGCAAGCCGUCGAGGGUCGUCGCGGCGGAGGUGAGGUGGAAGGGGGCCAGGGCGUCGGCGCUGGGCUCGCUGCGGCGCAGCGCGGUCAGGCGCAACCGCACGCGGGCGGAGGAGGCGGCCGCGUGGGAGGAGGAGUUUGAGAGCGUCGUGACGCUCGUGGCCGCGUCGCAACGGGAGGGUGCCGCGUUCCAGCCCUGGGAGCUCGCCUUCUGCGUGUUCAGCGAUGUGAGCAAAGGCACAAAGAAUAAACCAUCAAUUCUGGGAACUGCUUCUCUUAACCUAGCAGAUUAUGCAUCAGCAGCUGAGGAGGAGAUCGAGAUAAUUCUCCCGUUGUCUGUGCCUGAAGGUGCACGUGAACUGGCCCCAUCGCUUCAUCUCACUCUGAGUAUGGUGGAGCUAAGAGCUUUUCAUGAAACAUCCGAUGCAUCACAACGACCUGCUGCAACCUUGCCAUUGUCCCCAUCAUCCAGUGCUUCUCUUCCAGGAGGAAAAGAUGAGGUUUCUGUUAUUAAAGCAGGGCUGAGAAAGGUGAAAAUUCUCACAGAUCUAGUGUCGACACGAAGGUCCAAGAAGACUUGCCAAGAUGAUGAAGGCAGUGAAGAUAAGUGCUGUGUUAACAGUGAUGUUGCUGAAUAUCCCUGUGAUACUGAGUCUCUCGAUGAAGAUCUGGAUGACAGAGCACAUGAAGAUGAAAUUGGGGAUUCAACUAUCAGAAAGUCCUUCAGUUACGGCUCAUUGCAAUCUUCCAGUUAUGUUGGUGGCCUAGUUUAUGCCCAUGCAAAGAUUGAUGGAGAGCAUGAGGACUGGAUCUAUUAUAGUCACCGGAAAUCUGAUGUUGGUUCUCAUGUAGAGGAAGUUUUGUCAUCGACCGCAGAGGAAACUGUGUUGCCAAGUGCAAAACGGAGUAUCCUUCAUUGGAGAAAGAGGAAGUUGAGUUUACGAUCACUGAAGGCUAAAGGUGAACCUCUGUUAAAAAAGGCUUAUGGAGAAGAGGGAGGUGAUGAUAUUGACUAUGAUCGACGCCUGCUAACGUCUUCUGAUGAAUCUAUUUCAGAGGGAUCAAGAGGCAAAGAUGGAUCAGCUAAUGGCAUGGUGUCAGAAUUUGGCGAUGACAAUUUUGUUGUGGGGAAUUGGGAGUCGAAGGAGAUACUUAGCCGUGAUGGCCAUAUGAAGCUUUCUUCCCAGGUGUUCUUUGCAUCAAUAGACCAGAGAAGUGAGCGAGCUGCCGGAGAGAGUGCAUGUACAGCACUUGUGGCUGUUAUUGCAGACUGGUUCCAAGCAAAUCAGAAUAUGAUGCCUAUUCAGUCACAAUUUGACAGCCUUAUUCAUGAAGGAUCACUAGAGUGGAGAAACCUUUGCGAGAAUGAGACAUAUCGUGAGUGUUUUCCUGACAAGCAUUUUGAUCUUGAAACUGUCCUUCUUGCCAAGAUCCGCCCACUCACAGUUUCCCCCAGCAAAUCUUUUAUUGGAUUCUUCCAGCCUGAAGGCGACGAAGACGUGAGCGGUUUUGACUUUCUUAAUGGCACCAUGUCAUUUGAUAACAUCUGGGAUGAGAUUAACAAGGCAGCAGAGUUCGCAUCUAGUGAUAACCCUAAUCUAUACAUAGUGAGCUGGAAUGACCACUUUUUUCUCCUCAAGGUUGAGCGUGAUGCAUAUUACAUUAUCGAUACCCUUGGAGAAAGGUUCUACGAAGGGUGCAGCCAGGCAUACAUUUUGAGGUUUGACAACAACACCACGAUUCACAAGGUACCUGCCAAAAAGAAACCAUCAAGCCCUGACUCAAGUGGACCGUUAAAGGAUUCUUCAGGUUCAGAGAGCUAUUCAACCGAGCCGGACAGUGAGAAUGGCAUCAAAGAGAACAUACUUGUGUCGAAGGGCAAGGAAUCAUGCAAAGAAUACAUCAAGAGUUUUUUGGCAGCCAUACCAAUCCGGGAACUACAGGUGGACAUCAAGAAAGGACUGAUGGUAUCAACCCCAUUGCACCACCGCCUACAAAUUGAGUUCCACUACACCCAAUCAUCCCCGAAAGAGAUUGCAUCACCCCCUCAUCUCCUUACUGUCGAUGCCCCUUUUGAGUUCUCAUGGCCUGAGCCACCACCAACAAUGGAAUUUUCACUAACACCUGCUGUCUCUGUUGUAUAACUUGCUACCACGGUGGCUGAGACACGAUGACAAUCUGCCCUGAUGUUUAACACGAAGAUCCUCUUUUUCCUUGGGCCACCGCAUGAAGGGAAACCGAGAUGAAGAUUUACUGUCUAAUAUGAACUGACUACUAUAGGUCUUCCUCCCAGGCAUAUAGUAUCAUUGGAGCCUUCUGCCUGGUUUUUGUAGAGGUGUAUGCUCCUAUCUUCUCUCAUCUGCUGGGUUGUAAUCUUUUGGACCCUUGUAUGACUAGUUAAUGAGGAAUGUACCUGUGUUAUAAUUAGCUACAGGUCCUGUUUAUUUAUAUAUGUAAGAUCAUCUCUAACUAUAUUCCCUUCAUUUCGUUCUCUUCUCAAUUCCCUUUUUCGUUCCUAUUCUCUUUAUUUUCUUUUAUCUCCAACAGCUUCCUUUCGAGAGGAAUUGUGAAACAAAAGGAGAGAGAAUUUUAUCUCGAAGGGAAUGACUCUGAGAAUUCCGUCGUGAAGGGAACCGUGAAGAGAAAUCGUUGGAGCGUUAAGGGAAUGAAAAUCUCUUCACGAUGGGAUUUUGGUCUCCGAAAGGAAUCUGUUGGGACUAGCCUAACCUGUCGAUAUGUUCCCCACAAACAUCGAGCUGGCAUUUUGAAUCUGCUAUUUGGAAGCAGCAUAUGUUCACAUAUUUUGAUUUAACGUGUUUCUCAGAGCUGUGAUGCUGUCUCUGGACAUAACUGAAUCUAUUUUGGCCAAAAGUUUGACUGUUAUGCUGUUAA